AUGCAAAAAGUCCACAAGAUGUCGUACACGGUCCGCAUCGCCACCCUGUGCCUCCUUGCUUCGGCUACCGUAGCCCAACUGAGCCUCGGCUCAAACGAGCAAGCCGCCACUGACUGCCUCCAAUGCCCCAACCCAAUCGGAGACAUCAAAGCACUGGCUUGUGCUGUUGAUUGGAUCUCCAAACUGCGUAUCCUCAACAAGACAACCACUACCAUUGGAGGACAAACUGUUGAUGCUUACACCCUGGAACAUCUUGAUAUUCUGAAGGGAACCCUCGAGAUCCCCUCUCUGAUGAUUGUGCCAAAUGGCCCCUGUGGACUCGUGCUCAAUGUUGAUGCUGAGUACCUCAUCUCUGGUGUUCUGGCUGGAAAGAGCGCUCUUUUCACGAAUCUGUGCCUUCAAAUCCUCCAGACUGCCGAGCCACUUCUCGACAAGGUCAACAAGGGACUUCUUGGAGAAGUGUCUGAUCUUCUCUGCAGUGUCUUUGAUAUCCUUCCCACUCUUGACACGUGGUUGGCUGGAAAUGGAGGUCUUCUCGGACAUCUUCUUGGAGCCAACGGAAAUCCGCUUCUCGAUGGUCUGAUCGGUGGCCCAUCUGGAGCCCCUGGUGUUGUUGAUGCUUAUUACUAUCCAAAUUCGAGCAGCCUUGGACCAAACGCUGUCGCUCUGGUUGUCACGGCUCAUGUAAAUUCACAAGAAUUGAAGCGGCUGCAAAUCCUGGGAUGGAACAGCACCGGGCAUAACUCAUAUGACUAUCCCUUUUACGACAGGAUGAUCCCUCACAAUGUUUGCAAAUGGAUAUCCUUUGAAAUUGUGGGCACUACGCUUCCGAAUAUGACGCAGCUCGCUGUGGGACUAGGUGAUCGAUAUGAAAUGAUCCCCUACCGUAUCCCAAACUACCGAAAACACGGCGUCGUCACCUGCAUCGCACCCCUUUAUGCAAAUGAACAAUGGCAAUAUGCCCUUUUUGCGGCCCAUCUUUAUCGAAGGUACGGCUCGUUUUUACAACUCUACGUUAGAAGCAUGAUUCACCCGCUUUUCGAGAUGCUAAAGAUCUACGAAAGAGAGGGCUAUCUUCAAAUAGACCCUUGGAUGCGGGUUAAGUUGAAAACGGUUCAUGAGGCGUUUUUCAACCCUAAUCUUCAUGUCGAAUUUCGAAAUCAGGCAGCCGCAUACACGGAUUGUUUGCUGCAAUAUAAAGAGUCUGCGGAAUUUAUCUCCUUCAUGGACCUUGAUGAUGUGCAAAUUCCGAGGAUCGGCAAGACAUAUUUUGAGGAAUACUCGCACUAUUUCUUCGAAAACCCGAUGACCUCUUAUUUGCACUACGUCAAAGAAUCCGACCAGGCAGCUAGACAAAUUAUGAUGGACGACUUCACGAUGUCUCAAAUGUACACCGGGAUCGUAGAGGUUCUGCCCAGCAUGGAGGCCGGACGAUUCGUCGUUCAGCCAAAGAAUAUUAAUUUCACCUGGGUGCACUUUCCGUUUUCGGUGCUCGAAAACAUGAAGCGGUAUGAUGUGUCGAGCGAGGAGAAUUUCGUCGCGCGUCUGAAACCUUUGGAAGAAUACCCAUUUACUAGUAGCCAGGGCAUCCCGCAACUCUUCAGCCGUAAGGGCGGAAUGUUGCGGAAACCAGACUUUCUACCGGCCGAGGAUGCGAAUUGGCUACAGGCCGACCUGAAGCGGAUGUUCAAAAACCCGGAGAUCCGGGCUAUCUGGUCGCGGAUGCCGCAGGAUCAGUUCUACCAGAAGUUGCUGACCAGUUGUUUUCACGAAAACUAUUUUCAGCACUAUUUCAACAGCAACCCUGAGAAAAUGACGUGCCCAGGGCCGGAGCGAUGCAAUUUCCCCAAGAACCCUGGCAUCGAGUGCGUCAACGCACACGGAGAAUACUAUUCCACCUCCGGCAACCAGCGGAUGAACAUCCACUACGCAACACAAAGCCACUUUCGGGUCGAAGACGGGUGCACACCA